AACUACAAGACGAGCGCCGUAGCAAGUUGGCGACCCCCUCGCCCAUGUUCUCCGGCGCCGCGCCAAUGUUUGCCGGGGCGAGCCGGAAGCGCGGCGCUGGCCCGUGGUUCACAGGCCGCCCAAGUCGCCGCCCACCAAGACCGGCCCGGCGCUUCCGCUGCUAGCCCGCUGCGAAAUGUAUUCGGAUGGACCCCGGCGUCGCGGCGAAAUUCCCUGCCUGGAGGCAGGAGGGGCGCGCCCCUGUCGGUGCGCAAGACAGCCACCCCCUUCGGGGGCGAGGGGUGGGCCGCCGAAUUGCUGCGGCAGCCGGUGGGUGUUGUAGGGCGCUUUCCAUUCGGCCGGCCAUCCCCCACGAUGGGCCGGGAGCGCCUGAAACUGCUGGGGCUGCAUCAUACGAAAGAAGCCUGCGCGGGCAUGACAUCGACAGAGGGCCCGCACCUCCCGAACAUCGCCGGGCUAGCUUGCUUCCUUGACCCCAGUCCCUGACUGAUUAGACGGCCAGGCGGGCCGACGAAGGCUUCGGGAGCUGCGAAACGGAAGCGCGCGAAGAAUAGCAGGACCGCGCGCGUGGCUGUUGUCCUGGGCCCGACGGCGGCGGCAGGUAGAAAAGCAGCGCGCCCGGCGGCUCUUUGUGCUGCCCACGGACGGGUGGGGGUUUAAGGGCGGUGGGGCCAGGUGGACGCCGGAAAACGCCCGCCAUUCAUGAUUCAGGCCUGGCCGCCCGAAGUCCCAAGCUAGCACGCAGGGCCGCGCCAAGGGGCAGGCACCGCGGGCAGGCCCUUGGGAUUGCGGUCGGAGCCGGAUGCGGAUCGCGAUCCGGAAUCGCGCAAGCGGUGGGAGCGGCCCGCGCCGUUCUUCACGGGCCGCCCGCCCGGCCCCCCGACUUCCGGCGGCGUGGUUUGGCAACUGCGACGCCUGGC